CAGAUCGAAAAAAACCCUCCUUUCUUUCCUCCGCCGACUGGGAAAUCGUCUUCUUCUCAUCGCGAAAAUCGGAAAGAAGAAAAAGGAGGAGGAAAUCCUAGGAUUUGAUCAAGAUGGGAGAUUACAACGAUGCUUUCAUGCGCAACAGAGAUGCAGCCGUUCAAGCUCGCACCAAAGCCCAGAACCGAGCCAACGUUCUUCAAUUGAAGCUGAUUGGGCAGAGCCAUCCUACUGGACUGACCUCUAACCUUUUGAAGCUUUUUGAACCCCGGCCUCCAUUGGAAUAUAAACCUCCUCCUGAGAAAAGGAAAUGCCUACCAUAUACAGGCAUGGCACAGUUUGUGAGUAAUUUUGCUGAACCAGGAGAUCCUGAGUAUGCUCCUCCGGUCCAAAAGGGUGAAACUCCAACACAAAGAAGAGCUAGAAUUCACAGUCUUCGGCUGGAAAAGGGUGCCAUAAAGGCUGCUGAAGAGCUUCAGAAAUAUGAUCCCUCCAAUGAUCCAAACAUAUCAGGAGAUCCCUACAAGACACUGUUUGUGGCGAGGCUUAACUAUGAGACCACGGAACAUAGAAUCAAAAGGGAGUUUGAAGCUUAUGGGCCAAUCAAGCGGGUUCGUUUGAUUACCGAUAAAGAGACAAAUAAGCCUAGAGGCUACGCAUUUGUUGAAUACACGCAUACACGGGACAUGAAGACUGCAUACAAGCAAGCUGAUGGACGGAAGCUGGAUAACAGAAGAGUACUUGUGGAUGUUGAACGUGGGAGGACUGUUCCAAAUUGGAGACCCCGCAGAUUGGGUGGUGGACUUGGGUCAACCAGGGUAGGCGGUGAAGAUCUUAAUCAGAAGUACUCUGGAAGGGAACCACAGCAGAUAGCAUCUGGAGGACCACCUCGAUCUGAGGAGCCAAAGGCACGUGAUGACCGUCAUGUUGACCGGGACAGGGAGAAGUCUCGGGAAAGAGGAAGGGAAAGAGAGCGGGAUCGUGAGAAAUCUCGUGAGCACUCAUAUGACAAGAUACGAGAUCGUGAUGUUAGAGAUGAUAGGCACCACAGAGACCGUGACAGAAAUAGAGAGAGGGACAGGGAGAGAGAUAGAGGACGUGAUCGUGAUAGGCAUCGCGAACGGGAUCGAGGUCGUGAGUACGAUCGCGAGCGUGAUCGGGAUCGAGGCCGUGACCGCACUCGUGAUAGGGAUAGGGACUAUGACCGUGGUGAUGCCGAACAUGAUCUUGGGCGUACUCGUGACAGGGAUUCUGACUAUGACCGUGUUGACCGUGUUGAGCCAAAGCAUGAACGAGGACGACCUGAUGAAAGGGAAAGGGAAUAUGAUCAUGUUGAGCCCGAAUAUGGUAAUGAAUGGUAUGAGCAUGGGCGUGGAUAUGGACAUUCUGAACCUGAUCAUGAGCGUCAACGUUAUGAUCAUUAUGACCAUCAGCAUGAUCAGGAACCAUAUGACCACGAUGGGCCCCAGAGUGACCGGGAGCGAUACGAUCGUGCUGCGAGUGAACACGAUCAUGAGAGGUAUGACCGAAUGGAGCCUGAUGAUUACCAUGAACAGUUCGAUCGGGAUAGUUCUGUUCCACGUGAGAAGGAGAAGACUCGAGACAAGGAUCGGGAUUAUCAGCGAUCUGAUCGAUCGCUCUCACAUGAUCGCUAAGGAUGCUUGUCAUCAGCAUCAUUUAGAAUUACCUUUCCGUGGAAUCAAGGUGCAAAUUAUUUUACUCAUGAAGCUGCUAUCCUGAAAGGUAUGGUUUCGUUUGCACGGAAAUUAUGCUGUAUGGACAACUGUUUUUUUAUUUGGGGAGUAGUGCUUUUAGAAUCCUGUAUUUGUAGCUUGCAUGUCUUUAUAUCUAAUGGCUGCUAUGGACUUCUAAAGCCAUGUUUGUUGGACCUUACUGUGUUCGUGACUAUUGCGGAGUUGUUAUUUUGACUAUCGUUUCACAUCUUUAAAGGAUGAAAAAUUGGUUUUCGUAGGA